GGCGCCGGGAACAGCAGGUGGGGCCGACGGGUUCAGAUUAUCGAAGCUAUUCUCUGGAGGCUGGUGCCGCGGUUUUAUCCUCAGGACAGAAGGAAACCUGGGUGGACAAUCUAUCCAGACCACUGCGAUGCCGGGCUUCACCUGCUGCGUGCCGGGCUGCUACAAUAAUUCACAUAGGGACAAGGCGCUACACUUCUAUACUUUUCCCAAAGACGCCGAGUUGCGACGACUUUGGCUUAAGAACGUUUCCCGUGCAGGUGUUAAUGGCUGCUUUUCUACCUUCCAGCCUACCACGGGCCAUCGCCUGUGCAGUGUCCAUUUCCAGGGCGGCCGUAAAACUUACACAGUGCGGAUACCCACCAUUUUCCCUCUGCGCGGUGUCAAUGAGCGUAAGGCCACUUGCCAGCCUGCGCCUGAGGGGUCCCGGUCUUCCAGGACCUCCCCGAGCAGAAGGCAAAGGCAGAAGCAGCCGCAGCAACCUCAGCUGCAACCCUUGGUUUCUAUCCCAGCAGCCAAUCUACUAACUCGGCAGACAGCUGUGGAAGACAGCCAUACUCCCGCAGCACCACUCCUGCUAAUGGGUGGCACCAAAAAGUCCGCAGAAAUAACUGGGCAGAUGGGAUUCAUGGCAUUUGACCGUGCCCCUGAAACUGGGCUGGAACUGGGUCAUUCAUCGAUCAACACCAUUGAGGCUAAUUGUUCAGUGGCUGGAGUCCGACUGAUGAUAGAGGGAGAGGAAGGCUUCCUGCACAUGACUUCUGACCAUUCAUACUCGCUAUCUUCGUAUACAACGGAGGAAGAGUUACUGCAUAAGCUCAACGAGCAACGGGACAUCCUGGCUUUAAUGGAGGUGAAGAUGAAGGAGAUGAAGGCCAGCAUCCACCAACUGCGGAUCACAGAAGCCAAGCUCCGCGAAGAGCUCCGGGAGAAAGACAAGUUGCUUGCCGUGGCCGUCAACUGUAAAUAGCACAAAUUGUAAGGCGUUCAAGAGUCACUGGGAUAGAGUGGAACAUUUUAUACUUGGACCAGCCCCUUAAUUCUGGACAUUCUUCCAGGAGCCACAAUGAAAUUUCCCUUUGAGUCCUUUUUUGCUGAUAGAGGCCCCAAUCUGCCAGGGAGGUGAGCUUGAAACAAACAGAAACUUUGUUAAUAUUUUCUAUUUGUUACAAAGUUGUCUUCUUCACAAUUAAAAUUACACUUUUCACUUUGUUCUGUUGGCAAAAUGAGUAAAACAGGAAAACAC